AUGAGCCAGAAAACAACAUAGUUUUAUAUUAUGUUUGGUGCUAUUGUUCUAUUGGAUAUGAUCAAUAGUAUAUUAGUCAAUGAAAUCUCUAUAAUAGUGUGCAACUCAUUGAUUUUAUUGUUUUCUAUAAGUAAAUUUGUCCAUUCAUAUAACAAGUACAUUACUUCCUCAAAAUUAAGAUAAAAAAAAGUGAAGAACUUCUAAUAAUUAUUUUGUUCUUUCACAAUGCUGUAUAGAUAUACUAUUAUGGAAUGAAGUCAAUUUGGUUUUUAAUUUAUCUUUUACAAAUAUUCAAAUAAGAAAAACAUAAUCAAAUACUUAAAUAUUGUAAAUUUAUAUAAUUAACAAUCAAUAUUAUUAUAUAUUCUAUAUAAUAUGAUGGUCAACUUAAUUUUGCUUAUUUUCAGUAACUCAAUUAUUGUAUUGUCAUUUUAGUUUAUCAGAUUUUUAAUUAAAAUGAAUAGGAUUCAAAUAUACAAAUAGCAGAAAAUUUAAUUAUUUAAGAAAUCAAGUAAUUAAUAAUUUUUAAAAUAUUUGAUCAUAAAUUUAAUGAACUUUCAAAAACUACCUCAAAAUUCAAUUAUAAUUAUUUACAAAUGACUACAAAUUAAAGUAAUGAUAACUAAAAUUUUUAAAUUAAAGCUUAUUUAGAUAAAGAAUAAGCUAGUACUCCUUAAAAUUAAUUUGGUUGGAAACCUAGUAUAGUAUUUAAUGAUUAUCAAAAAUUUAUAGAACAUAUUUAAAAUUUAGAGAAUUUAGAUUCUUAAUAUCAUUAUAUUGCUACAUAAAUUGAUUAAGAAAAGAAAAUCAAAACUAAAUAUAAUAUUAUAUACAAAAAAUUUGGAAGAAAAGAUUUCAUUAUAAUUGCAUUCAUUAAAAUUGAUAAUUUUCAUUAAAAAUAAAUGAGAUGGAAGUUUAAUAAAUUCAAAAAAUACUUUUAUGAUAUAUUUGCUCAUAAAUUAAAAACUCCUUUAAAUGCUUCCUUAGGUUUUCUAUCAUCUGCUUACAAUUACACUGAAAUGGACAAUAAUAUCAAAUAAAAUUAUAUUAAACCUGCAUAUAUAAAUUCUAAAUUGUAAUAUUUUUAAAUAUCAGAUCUUUUGGAAUUUCUUAAUCCAUAAUGUGAUCAAAUCACAAUAUAAUAUUAUAAAAUUAAUAUGAAAUCAUUCCUAUAUACACUUAAUGAAUUAAUAGAAUCUUAAUGUCAAAAUAAAAAGAUUCUAUUCUCAAUUUUUGUGGAGAAUAUUCCCUUAAAUAACAUCGAUAAGUAAAUUCUUAGAAAUAACCAUUUUAUAGAUUUUAUAUUUUAUCAGAUUUACUUAAAUUAGAAAGAGUUCUAUACAAUUUGCUUAAUUUAACCUAUAGAUACACUCCAUAAAAUGGUUAAAUUACACUAAAUGUAUAUAUAGACAAAUAAAACUCAGAGGUCAUUUUUAUCAUUAAUGUUAGUGAAUUCCUGUUUAAUAAUGAAGAACUAUUAAAUAUAAAUUAAUGGAUUUAAUCCUAAAUGGAAUUUUAAUAUAAAAAAAAAUCAAUAUCAAUUAAAAAAGAAAUUAAAUUAUCAUUAGAAAUAACUAAUCAUUUAAUUAAUAUAUUAAAUGAUUAUGAGUAACAUCUAUAGAUUUCUUCAUCUGAUUAGGGAACAGAAUUCAAAUUCAAAUUAAUAAUAAAAGAAAAUAAAACAACUGAUGGAUCAUUAGAAUAGUUCACUAUUGGUUUUAUGUUAAAAUAAAAAAGUAAAAAAACUGUAAAAAAUGAAAUCAAUAAUGAUUAAAAACAUAAUAAUUCUAUUUUGAUUAAACCAAAAUCUUUAUCACUAUUUAAUUCUUCAAAAGUUAUACGUGAACCAUCAGCAAAUACUCCAAUUAUUUAUCCAAUUAAUUAACCAAAAACUUUUAAAACACCUUCUACUUUAAAAAGGGUUAGAUCAUCUUUUGCAAAUAAAAUUUUGAUGGAUUUUGAUUAGAAAAUUUUAAUUGUAGAUGAUGAACCUUUUAAUCAUGAUACAUUAAUUUUAAUGAUGAAAAAUAUGGGUUAUAAAUAAUUUUUAAAAGCAUAUAAUGGACAAUAAGCAAUUGAUUUAGUUAAGGAGAAAUAAGGUGAAAUUUCCAUAAUUAUUAUGGAUUUAGAUAUGCCUAUAAUGGGAGGAAUGGAAGUAUUAAUAUAAUAUAAUUAUUAAGGCUACAAGAAUUUUAGUAGAUAUGAUGUUAAAUUAAAAAUUAGAUUAUAUACCAAUAAUUGGUUGCACUGCUCAUGAUGAUAAAGAAACAAUAGAUAAAUGUAUUUAAGUUGGUAUGCUUUAUGUUGUAAUGAAACCAGUAUUUGUUAAAACACUAAGAGAAGCAUUUUAAUAAAUAACUAAUAUAGAAGAUGGCAGAAAAAGAUCAUUGGUAUGUUUCACUUCUUAAUUACAAAUAUGA